AUGAGAGGGAUUGUCGCUCUUUCUUUGCUCUCUGUGGCGCUGCGCGUCACGGCGGACUUGAGCGAAUCCAACUUGCACAAAUACCCUGAGGUGCUGGCACUCCAGAAUUCUUUUAAUCCCAUCAAAGAGGCCUACUGGACUGGGUACCCUCACCAUCGACGAACGCCAUUUGCGGUCUCUCCCGAUGGAAAGUCAGCUUACAUUGCCUAUCUCGAUUCGAGCGAAACAGACAUUCAUGUGCAGCAAGUGGAUGUAGAUACUUUUGAAGCGACUGGGACGUCGGUUACGGUUACUGGUGGCAAGGAAGCGGGAGGACUCGUUGCCCAUAAUGAUGGUUUCGCCCUCCUGACGAACGAGGCCAUGCCAUCUGGAACGACCAAUGCACCCCCCAGUGAUACGCCAGUCCCAGUCCUGUAUCGAUACACGGAUGGGAAACAAACGUGGAAGGCGUGGUUGGGUGGACCUGGUGUCCACGAGACCGACGGCCUCUCCGCAUCGCCUGAUCUCAAUGGUGAUCUGGUCUACUCGGAGCAAGCCGGUCUAUACGGUGCCUACUUUGUCGUCACCGAUUACUCUGGCGACGCAGCAGGACAUUACGGCGACAGUAUUCAAUACGUGGCAGAUAAUGGAACCCUGGUCACAAUCGCCGGGGCUAGCAGCUCCUGGGGCUGUAGCCAUAACACAGGCAUCGCAUUCGAGUCGGCCGAUGAACCUCCGUUCGCCAGCAUCUGCGCGGAAGACCAGGGGGCGAUAUGGCUGAAUACCAGAACGCUGGGCAUGUCCAGCGACGGGGAGAAAAUCUCCAAUGAGAAUACUACCAACGGAGCCUCGGGAGAGCCCAUGGGGGGCAUGUCCGGGAGUUACAGUGCUCUCGCUCGGUUUGCGGAAAGCAGUCGGUAUAUCUUCGCCUGGGUUUCGCGCGGUGCGAUGGAUCUCACGGAAAACACGUGGAUGGGAAGUGGCUACACUCAUGCCCUGAAUCGUACCAACAAUCGGAAUGUCGCCAUCUCCCUGUUCUCUGAUAAAGACACCCUUGUUGGCGAGCAGGCGACCUCGGAAGUCGGCGCCGAAGACGGCGAUAAGCAGAUCAAUUGGCUGACUGAGGGCGCAAACGACUGUUCGAAUGCGCAUGCAGCGACCUUCGGAAACAACAGCGCACUCGUGACGUGGGAGGAGAUCUCAGAUCCGAUUUGCGACUUUGUGGCUAUGGGAUGCCGCGGACAGUUUGCUGGUACCUUCUUUCAACAGGUAGAUUCCGACGGAAAACAGGUCGGCAGCCCGUUGAAAAGCACAGAUACUUUCGUCGCUGGCGACAUGGUGACCAUGGCCGAUGGUCGGAUCUGCUGGCCAUAUGUGAGCAUGGACUGGGAUCUCUCGCAGGCUGUAUAUACAUUGGCAUCUUCUACCACGACGAAAAUGAGUUUUGCCUGCAUUGAUCUCACGGGAGACUCUUCUAACAAUGCAACCUCAUCGAGCAAUCCCAAUCUCGAUGUACGCAAUUUGGGCCUCUAA